GGAAAAGGGCGGGAGAGAAGGGGUGACUCUGAUUGGCCGUCCCUCAUCGAAUCAGAUGACGUUUCGGCGGGUUUCCAGAGCUCAGGGUUAUUGUCGGUCAUUUACCUGAGCAGGAGGAGGCGUCGGCUGAGGGUCCGGAAAAUCGGAGUGACCGCACUACUGAGCUGCUACCGAGAGAUCCGCUGACUUAUCGCUCAUCUUCACAGCGGCUGCCCAUAGGUUCCAGUACUCUGCAGACAAUUCUACACUCUUGGCUUCCAAAAACUAACACCGUAGUUUUGCCGCUCAUGCAGAGUGAUAAGUAAUGCUUUUAUUUUUGUACUGCUACCUUUGAUAAACUACUGCCGCUGCUUUACAGUAUUGCCUUACGAAUCCAAAGAAUAUUCGGUGGAGGCAAGCACAGACCCCAUAUUUAAUACCACCAUCACCACCACCACCAUCAUGAAGCUUAAAGCAGAAGUGUACACCUUUGUAUUGCUGCCUAUCUACCUGUUAAUGUUUGUGUACAGCACUCUCACAUUUAUACCAUGGUAUUUUCUCACUAAUGCAAAGAAGAGAAAGGCUAUGGCAAAAAGAGUAAAAGCAAAACCUGUCUUGGACACACCUGGAAGCCCUUACCGGGCUGUAAGCCACUUCGACUCACUGGCCACGAUAGACAUUCCAGGAGCGGACACACUGGACAAACUGUUUCAACAUGCUGUAUCCAAGUUUGGCACAAAAGAUUGUCUGGGCACCCGGGAGCUGCUGAGUGAGGAAAAUGAGAAGCAGCCAAAUGGCAAAGUGUUUAAGAAGUUAAUAUUAGGGGAGUAUAAAUGGUUGAAUUAUGAAGAAGUUAACACAAGAGUCAACCAUCUUGGCAGUGGUCUGGCUGCACUGGGCCUGAAACCGAGGAGCACCAUUGCCAUAUUCUGUGAGACCAGAGCAGAGUGGAUGAUAACCGCACAAGCCUGUUUUAAAUACAAUUUUCCUUUGGUUACUUUAUACGCUACACUUGGCGAGGAAGCAGUGACUUAUGGCCUGAACGAAUCUGGAGCCACACACCUCAUUACCAGUGCCGAGCUGCUAGAAACAAAGCUGAAGAGUGUAAUGUCACAAAUAAGCAACAUUAAGCACAUUAUCUAUGUGGGAAAGAAAAACCUAGACAAAUCAGAGUAUCCUGCUGCUUUAGAGAUCCAUAACAUGGAAGCAGUGGAAGAGUUGGGUGCCAAACCAGAGAACUUGAACAAUCCCCCAAACAGACCGUUACCUACAGACCUGGCCGUUGUAAUGUACACCAGUGGUUCCACUGGCAGACCCAAAGGAGUGAUGAUGAUUCAUAGUAAUUUAAUCUCUGGCAUGGCGGGACAGUGUGAACGGAUACCUGGGCUGGGGCCCAAAGAUACCUACAUUGGCUACUUGCCUUUAGCACAUGUACUAGAGAUGACUGCAGAGAUAUCAUGUGUGACCUAUGGCUGUAGGAUUGGAUACUCCUCUCCGCUAACACUGUCAGACCAGUCCAGUAAAAUUAAGAAGGGAAGCAAAGGUGAUUGUGCAGUUCUGAAGCCCACCCUGAUGGCUGCCGUACCUGAAAUCAUGGAUCGCAUUUAUAAGAAUGUCAUGAGCAAAGUGCAAGAAAUGAAUGUUUUACAGAGAACAUUGUUUAAGCUGGGCUAUGAUUACAAGCUGGAGCAGAUAAAGAAGGGAUAUGACGCUCCAUUAUGCAAUAUGAUACUGUUCAAAAAAGUAAAAGCUUUAUUAGGAGGGAAUGUGCGCAUGAUGCUGUGUGGCGGUGCUCCUUUAUCUCCACAGACCCAGAGAUUUAUGAAUAUCUGUUUCUGCUGUCCCGUCGGCCAAGGUUAUGGAUUAACAGAAACAUGCGGAGCUGGUACUAUCACUGAAGUAUGUGAUUACAGCACUGGCAGAGUGGGUGCUCCUCUUACCUGCUGUGAAAUUAAACUGCGAGACUGGUUGGAAGGAGGCUAUACGAAUCGAGACAAACCACACCCACGGGGAGAGAUUGUCAUUGGAGGAUACAAUGUUUCAAUGGGAUAUUUUCAAAAUGAAGAAAAAAGCUUAGAGGAUUUCUGUGUGGAUGAAAAUGGGCAGAGGUGGUUCUGUACUGGAGACAUCGGUGAGAUCCACCCAGAUGGCUGCUUGCAGAUAAUUGAUCGGAAGAAGGAUCUGGUGAAGCUGCAAGCUGGAGAAUAUGUGUCUUUGGGCAAAGUGGAAGCUGCUUUGAAAAACUGUCCACUCAUUGACAAUAUCUGUGCUUACGCCAACAGUCACCAGUCUUACGUGAUCAGCUUUGUUGUUCCUAAUCAGAAGAAGCUGACUAGCUUAGCACUACAGAAAGCGAUCGAAGGAACCUGGGAGGAAAUCUGUAACAAUCCGACAAUGGAGGCAGAGGUAUUAAAGGAGAUUAAAGAAGUAGCAAGCUCAUUGAAAUUGGAACGGUUUGAGAUUCCUAUCAAGGUACGAUUAAGCCCAGAUCCCUGGACGCCUGAAACUGGUCUGGUUACAGAUGCAUUUAAACUGAAGAGAAAAGAACUGAAAAACCACUAUUUAACAGACAUAGAGAGGAUGUACGGAGGGAAAUAGAAAAGUAACACCAUGUGACUUUCUACAGACUUGGAUAUACAUGCUCAAUUUGGGAAAGUUGUGACUAUGCAUGUUUGUGCAGUUAAAAGUGAAGAAGAAUUAUUAUUGGUUUUAAUGACUGAAAUGUAAAAUGUUUUCACCUGAAUUCUGAAUUAUGAACUAGUCAACGGUUAUUUAUUUGAACAAAUCAUUUGCACACAACACCCUCCACCUUAACGUGUUAUCAUAUUACCAAUAUGAAAGUGACAUUUUAUUUCUGUAGUCAUAAAAAUAAUUGGUUGGUUAAGGGUAUAUAAACACAAGUGUGGGGUUAUGGGACUUUACUUUGUUUUCUCAUUACGAGGACAUCUAAAUGUAUGUGGAAUACGAACAGUGGGGCAGAUGUAUUAACCUGGAGAAGGGAUAAAGAAGUGAUACAGCAGUGAUAAGCGUUAGGUGAUCACGCACCAGCUAAUCAUUACGGAUUUGGAAAAUGACAGUUAGGAGCUGAUUGGCUUGUGAGUUAUCAUCUUGCACUUAUUACAUCUACUGUUCUACAUACAUUCUAAAUCUUUUUCUAGAUGUGUCUCCUUAAAGGAAGAAAUAGAUUGCAAAACCCUUCCUGACUGACUCUUGGCUGUUUGCACUUUGUGGUUUUCUAAGUUGUUGUAGUUUAUGAUUGCUAUAUAGGCAGUGGUGGUGUUCUCAAACAUUCACACUUUGUGAUCCAUCUAUUUUAUAGUUACAAUCCCUGUGCUUACCUGCCCUAGAUAUGGAAUAUGCAGAGCAACUGUGUUGGUUGUCACUGGCAUGAUGCUGGCACCAUAAUGGACAAUCCUCUUGUACAGUACAGGAUUGGAACUUUUACUGCCAUUCUAUGUGGAAGAUAAUCAGUGCCCGUGUAAUAGCUGGAUAUGACUUGAUCAUAGAAUCUGGUGUGUACUCUCAGCUCCAGAUUCCUAUUUGAUCAUAACUUUUAGUGCAUUGGAUAUUCUUCCUGCUGCCAACACUACCAAAUAUUUAGCAGCGUUGACUUUCACAGCGCAGCAGAGUGCAAUACACUGAAAAUACGAUCAUUUAUUUACAGGAAGACUUUUAGAAAAACGUGGCAUGUGGGCAUCCCAAAGCCUUUGUACUGUGCUAUCAUUAAGCAAAUUCUUAAUUAGUAACUUUUUCGAGACAAAACAUUGAAACCAAAAAAAAAAUGCAACUCGCUCAUUCUUGAUACGAGUGUAACCGGUUGGUUAUGUAUUACUGUAUUUAUUAUGUGACUUUACAUAUCGGGACUGACAAUGUGUCUUUAGUACUACUUCUAAAAUACAUUUAGGGACAGAUCCAAUUACCUGUGUGGUUCACCGCUUGUUUAACGCCCAGAGCUAUUCAAGUAUUAUGCAUUUUCCCCAUGCUAUAAAUCCGUGGGUAACGUGCGCGAACACAUAGAUUCAAUGUAAAGUGCUGGAGUCUAUGGGUUUACCUGCAUAUUAAACCCCAGCAGCUACAGUUACAAUAGAUUUUUCUUCACACAUGUCAUGAGGCUGUGAUGAAAAAUACUUGUUAUGCAUGGGGAUGCAGAACCUUACUAAACAGGUCCGAGCCAACAAUUAGCCGCAGCUAAUUGUUUGUCCCUAAAUUACAUCUUAUAUCGUAAGAUUAUGAUAUGAACCAAAAUAUCCCAAAUAUAGGUUUGCAAAUUGUAAGAGACUGCUACGGGUGUUGCUUUAAAGCUCAAUCACUAGAAUGUUUGCUUCUUUUCUCUUGUAUAUUUAUAUACUGGAAAUUCUGUGUAUUAAAUAUUGGUAUAAUCCCAUGUUAACAGGGGCUGCUGUAAUGCUGGCUAUAGGCCAACAAUUCUCCCUAUUCAUGGGCUUAUCUUUUUUUUUUCUUCUGCAUUGGUUCCUGUAGUCUAAUCUAGCCAUCAUCUGUAGUUGGUGGUUUACACAUAUGAAUUUUUAAAUAAUGUAAGGGUUAGACUAGUUGCUGAUCACCUGCUGUUGAACUACAGCUCCCAGCAUACCCUGCCAGCCAGGUGCUCAACAGCAGCAUGAGUCACAGCUAGCCUACCUCUCUAUAAAACAGGAUGAUUCUUGAUGCCGAUGUACUUGCCAUUUUUCUAAUGUUGGAUCGUUACUGUUGUUGUAAUGCUUUGUACAGUUGUCCGCUAGCCACAGAACAUGUUCCCUUGUAAGAGCUUAAACUAUUUAUUAGGAUGACUAUAUUUUGAAACCUAUUUAAAAUCAUAUGUAUAUGAAGUUUUCAGAUGUCUUUUAUUGUCACUGUAUAGAAACUGGGUUUUAGGGGGUUGUUUUUUUUUUUUUUCCUUUUUCUAAUUGUUUGUUACUGAAAGAUGACAUAUUUUCUAUGGUAUCGCCUGUAGCCAGUAUACGACUAGAAUAUUUGUGCUGUACUUAGGUAUGAAACUUUGUUCUAGUCUGGGUUUGGACAAACUGAUGUCAUUUUGUUACAAUUCCCGGUGCACCAUUGGCUAAACUUAGUUAUUCCUGCAGUUACCCUACAGCUGGACCUCUCUUUUACAGACUAGUUACCGCAAGUCCUGAACAAACAUACUGCGGCCUUAAAUCUCCCUCGGACUAAUCCAGUAAUACUGUAUUGUGCGUAAACAACGUUUCAGACUACGUUCUUGAUGUCCGUUAAAAUCACAUGGGACGUUAAGUUAAUUUAAAUGGCCCUUAAAAGGGAUUGGUUAGUCUGUAAGGUAUGUUAGGUACAAAAAUUAAUUCUAAUUUUCAUGUACCAAUCAUUGAACAUUCCUUACAAGUGACUAAUGGUGUAAAAUCAACAAUCAAAGCAAGCCCUUAUAAUGUACCGCUCAUUUAUCCAUAAUGGAGGCAGCCUUUUUGUGCUCUCCACAAUAAUUUGAGAAUGUGGCUAUCCGUUACCUGGGACCCAGUGACUCCUGAAUGUGCGGCCUCGCGAGACUUAGUCAUGCAGUGCCAUGUUGAUGUCACUAAUUCUUGGUGUAUUGAUAGCCAGUGGUCUUGUGAACAUUGUUUAAUCUGCUUCCACUGGGUAUAAGUGAUCGGUGUUCUUAUAAACCGCAAGAAAAACAGCCAGCCAUUAUUUUUUUUUUAUAAAAAUGGAGCUGCUUUUAUAUUUAUCACUGCCAGAGAAAAAGGGACCACUUUAACCUUUUAAGGGGGAAAAAAAACAAGAGUUUUAUGGUUUUUGUGUAUUUUGUUUUCUGAACAUAUCGAGUUAUUGGAGUCUCUUGCUACCUGUUAAUUUAUUACAAUUUUCCAGCUUUAGAUGACUCUGGUAGAACAGAUGUUGACGUGUCAUUAACAUGACAUGCAUUUGAUAGUGUGACAUGAAAUGCUUGACUCUUUUGAAAGGUGUGUGUUGUUGGUGGGGGUUUUUUGUGUUUUUUUUCUGUUUGUUUUGGUUUUUGUUUUUCUACAAAUUGUGUAUUAAAAACUGCCUUUGUGUGUCUAUUUCUGAUUUGUCUCAGGAUUAAUGCCUCCAUUGAGGACAGGAAAGUGAAACAUGCAUUCAAACCAGGAUGAAUAAAAUGGUUACAUUUGGUUACAAAGCACAAA